AUGUCGUAUGUUCCUCCACACUUGAGAAACGCCGGCUCAACCGCGGUGGCUACCACCACCACAGCCACCGCCAGACCUUCAUCAUCAUCUGGAACCCUAGACAGUCACCACCACCACCACAACACCAACCUCACAUUCUCUUCCUCAUACUCUCACUCCAAAUCUAAUUCUCUAUCCAAUGGCUUUCGCCGUACCUCCGCCGCACCUCCGCCAUCUCGGAUUAUCACCGUCCCUGACACUGUCUUCCCUAACUGGCAACCUUCUGAACGCGUUUCCCGCAUGAACCCCGACCAGAUUGAAGAGGUCCGCCUACGGCUUAAUCUUGAUGUUACUGUUUCAUCUGACUCUCCUGCCGCACCUGGACCUAUAGAAUCAUUUAAUGAUAUGUGUUUGCAUCCAAGUAUCAUGAAGGAUAUUGCUUAUCAUGAAUACACCAGGCCAACCUCUAUCCAGGCACAGGCCAUGACUAUUGCUCUCAGUGGAAGGGAUCUUUUGGGUUGUGCUGAAACUGGUAGUGGGAAGACCGCAGCUUUCACCAUUCCUAUGAUACAGCAUUGCUUGGUCCAACCUCCAAUUCGACGUGGAGAUGGUCCUCUGGCAUUAGUUUUGGCUCCUACUAGAGAACUUGCUCAACAAAUAGAAAAAGAGGUCCAAGCAUUUAGCAAAUCUCUCGAGUCAUUAAAAACUGCCAUAGUUGUUGGUGGAACUAACAUUGAAAAGCAGGGGUCUGAACUAAGAGCAGGAGUUGAAAUAGCAGUUGCCACCCCUAGAAGAUUUAUUGACCACUUACAACAAGGUAACACUUCUUUCUCUAGAAUUCCUUAUGUUGUUCUAGACGAGGCAGAUAGAAUGUUUGAUAUGGGGUUUGAACCACAAAUAAGGAAGAUCAUGAGAAGUCUUCCUGAGAAGCAUCAAACACUGCUGUUUAGUACAAUGAUGCCUGUGGAGAUCGAAGCAUUAGCGAAGGAGUACUUAGCUAGCCCAGUUCAAGUUAAGGUGGAAAAAAAAAGAGGCAUCACAAGCUGA